AUGCCGAAGCCUGCGCGCGCUGAGAUCAGCGCGCCCAGGCUUCGCGGACCUCUCCGCGAGCAGCGGCAGCGCUGCCGCUGCUCGCGGAGAGCUGCCGGCAUGCCGAAGCCUGCGCGCGCUGAGAUCAGCGCGCCCAGGCUUCGCGGACCUCUCCGCGAGCAGCGGCAGCGCUGCCGCUGCUCGCGGAGAGUUGCCGGCAUGCCGAGGCCUGCGCGCGCUGAGAUCAGCGCGCCCAGGCUUCGCGGACCUCUCCGCGAGCAGCGGCAGCGCUGCCGCUGCUCGCGGAGAGUUGCCGGCAUGCCGAGCCUGCGCGCGCUGAGAUCAGCGCGCCCAGGCUCCGCGGACCUCUCCGCGAGCAGCGGCAGCGCUGCCGCUGCUCGCGGAGAGUUGCCGGCAUGCCGGAGCCUGCGCGCGCUGAGAUCAGCGCGCCCAGGCUUCGCGGACCUCUCCGCGAGCAGCGGCAGCGCUGCCGCUGCUCGCGGAGAGUUGCCGGCAUGCCGAAGCCUGCGCGCGCUGAGAUCAGCGCGCCCAGGCUCGCGGACCUCUCCGCGAGCAGCGGCAGCGCUGCCGCUGCUCGCGGAGAGCUGCCGGCAUGCCGAGGCCUGCGCGCGCUGA